GAUGUAAGGGGAGAGCUGGAGAGAUCCCUUCAGAUUGCAGUGAGAGGGGAGGCAAAGGACCAGAGUACAAGAGCAUCUUCCCUCACAGCAGCAUCCUUCAUCCUUAGCAGCAUCAGCAUCACUAACAGCAGCAGCAGCAGCAGCAGCCUUGGCUGGACCAGCUGGAUGAUGCUGGUACCUGGACUGUAACAUCCUCCUUCUUCUCCCUCCUCCUUUCCCUCCUCCUUCUCCAUCCCUCCCUCCCUCCUUUCCGGAUGCCCAGAGCAUCCCCCUCCUGUUAAAUCUGCCAGGAUGCUGGCCCCUGUAUUGUCCCUAUAGGGGGAUAUCAAGGAGGCCUUUCUUGCCUCUCCCCACCCUCCUCCCCUCCCCAACCUCCCCACCCCCACCCCAGCCCCCUCUUGUUUCCUCUGGUUGCUCAGAAGGGUGACAGACAAAAGCUAUGUCCGGUGGCAAAGAAGCAGGUGGGGUCCAUCCCUACCAACCUCAACAGAGCCAACAGCAUGCUCAGUACGUGGGGCCCUACAGGCUGGAAAAAACCCUAGGCAAAGGGCAGACCGGUCUGGUGAAGCUGGGUGUGCACUGCAUCACAGGGCAGAAAGUUGCAAUAAAGAUUGUGAACCGGGAAAAGCUUUCUGAGUCAGUACUGAUGAAGGUGGAACGGGAAAUUGCCAUUCUGAAGCUGAUUGAACAUCCCCAUGUACUGAAACUCCAUGAUGUCUACGAGAACAAAAAAUAUUUAUACUUGGUUUUGGAACAUGUCUCAGGAGGAGAACUCUUUGACUACCUAGUGAAGAAGGGACGGCUCACACCCAAAGAAGCUAGAAAGUUUUUCCGGCAAAUUGUCUCAGCUUUGGACUUCUGUCACAGUUAUUCUAUAUGCCACCGAGACUUGAAACCAGAAAAUUUAUUGCUGGAUGAGAAGAACAACAUCCGGAUUGCAGAUUUCGGCAUGGCCUCCCUGCAGGUCGGAGAUAGCCUGCUGGAAACAAGUUGUGGUUCUCCUCACUAUGCAUGUCCUGAGGUGAUCAAGGGUGAGAAGUAUGAUGGACGUCGAGCUGACAUGUGGAGUUGUGGAGUCAUCCUCUUUGCCCUGCUGGUGGGGGCCCUACCCUUUGAUGACGACAACCUACGACAGCUUUUGGAAAAAGUGAAACGUGGGAUCUUCCACAUGCCUCACUUCAUCCCACCUGAUUGUCAGAACCUCUUGCGGGGCAUGAUCGAGGUGGAGCCUGAGAAGCGGCUCAGUCUGGAACAGAUUCAGAAACAUCCGUGGUUCUUGGGAGGUAAGAACGAACCCGAACCAGAGCAGCCAAUUCCUCGUAAGGUGGCAAUCCGGCGGAUUCAGUCAGUCAGUGAGCUAGAUCCUGAUGUACUUGAGAGCAUGCAUUCGCUGGGCUGUUUCCGUGACAAGAACAAGCUGAAGCAGGAGCUGCAGAAUGAGGGGGAAAACCAGGAGAAAAUGAUCUACUACCUUCUGUUGGAUCGCAAGGAGCGGUAUCCCAGCUGUGAGGAUGAGGACCUGCCUCCACGCAAUGAUGUUGACCCACCACGGAAGCGAGUUGACUCACCCAUGCUGAACCGACAUGGGAAGCGCCGACCUGAGCGGAAGUCCAUGGAAGUUUUGAGUGUCACAGAUGGUGGUUCCCCAGUCCCUGCCCGAAGAGCUAUAGAGAUGGCACAACAUAGCCAGAGGUCUCGAUCUGUGAGCGGUGCCUCUACUGGCUUAUCGUCUAGUCCCCUCAGUAGCCCCAGGAGCCCCAUCUUCAGCUUCUCUCUCCCUUCGCCUCCCUCUGCCCCUGCGAAGACUCAGACGCUUCCAGCCAAGGGAAGCCCGGCGGGGGAGCAACCCCCACCCAAAUCUGUGCUGCAGGUCACUCCCCACCCCUCCCCUCGGGGAAGCCCCCUCCCCACUCCGCUCGGCACCCCGGUGCACACGCCCAAAGAGAGCCCCAGCGGCACUCCCGGUGGGACGCCACCAAGCAGCCCUGGCGUGGCUGGUGUGGCCUGGAAAACCCGCCUGAACUCAAUCAAGAACAGCUUCCUUGGCUCCCCACGCUUUCACCGCCGGAAACUGCAAGUUCCUACACCAGAAGAAAUGUCCAGUCUUACUCCUGAAUCAUCCCCUGAGCUAGCCAAGAAAUCCUGGUUUGGGAAUUUUAUCAACCUGGACAAAGAGGAACAAAUUUUUGUGGUCAUCAAAGACAAACCCCUGAGCUCCAUUAAGGCUGAUAUUGUACAUGCCUUCCUCUCAAUCCCCAGCCUGAGUCACAGUGUUGUAUCCCAAACAAGCUUCCGGGCCGAAUAUAAGUCGUCAGGCGGCCCUUCCGUCUUCCAGAAACCUGUCAAGUUCCAAGUUGACAUCAGCUACUCCGAGGGUGGGGAGGCGCACAAGGACAGCGGGAUCUACUCAGUCACCUUCACCCUCAUCUCAGGUCCCAGCCGCCGGUUUAAACGGGUUGUGGAAACGAUUCAGGCGCAACUGCUCAGCACACAUGACCAGCCAUCUGUGCAAGCCCUCGCAGAUGAGAAGAAUGGGCAGCAGCCCCGUAUGCCAGGCACCCCAACCCGCAGCUGCCAACCAUCUCGGCGCUCUGAAUCUGACGUCUCGUCUGAACACCAUCGACGUGGCUCCAAGGACAAGAAGCUUGUCUCGUCCAAUGGGACUCAAGUCCAGCAACCACCACCCCCGUCCCCACAGCAGCCAUGACGUACGGCUCAGCGGGGCAGUGGAAGAGCAGCCAGGGGGAAAAGCAGCCGAAGGAAGCCAACCCCACCCCCCUGGAAAUAGCUGCACAGCUGCCCCAGAUGGACAGAAGCAACCAGUGAACCAUACGGAUGGGUAAAGGCCCCACCGGAGAUGCACAGGGGCAGGGUGGCGGGUGGGGAUUGGUUUGAAUUUUGACAACCCCAUCUCACCCCUGGACCAGAAAGUUGCCAUCUUGGGAGCAGCCCAUACUGUGAACUUGUAAAUAGUUAACAACAACAACAACAACAACCAGAAAACAAAAACAGAUCCACAGAAGAACAGAAGGGGGGAAAGAACAUAAACUGUAAACAAAAACAAAGGAAAAUGGCAGACUGAAAAAAAAAACC